AUGAUGGUUGAAUCCGCCUCGGAGACGAUACGGUCCACUCCUUCCAGCCAAAACGGGGUCAGCAGCCUCAGCAACCAGCCCGAUGGCGGUGGGGGCGGCGCAGGCGGCGGCGGAGGGGGCGGAGGGCGCGACGGAGCCGCGAGCGGGGAGACCAACGGCGAGAUGAGCCCCGUGGAGCUCCUGCACUUCCAGCAGCAGCAGGCUCUCCAGGUGGCACGCCAGUUCCUGCUGCAGCAGGCCACGGGGCUGAGCUCCCCCAGCAGCAAUGAGGGCAAGCAGCCGGCGGUGCAGGUCCCCGUCUCCGUGGCCAUGAUGUCCCCGCAGAUGAUCACGCCGCAGCAAAUGCAGCAGAUCCUCUCGCCGCCCCAGCUGCAGGCCCUCCUGCAGCAGCAGCAGGCGAUAAUGCUGCAACAGCAGUUGCAGGAAUACUACAAGAAGCAACAGGAGCAGCUUCACCUGCAGCUAUUGACACAGCAGCAAGCCGGAAAGCAGCAACCCAAAGAGCCGUUAGGGAACAAGCAGCUGGCCUUCCAGCAGCAGCUCCUGCAGAUGCAGCAGCUCCAGCAGCAGCACCUGUUAAACCUGCAGCGCCAGGGGCUGGUGAGCCUCCCGCCGGGGCAGGGCACCGUGCCCCUGCAGACCCUGCCCCAAGCUGUGUGCCCCUCGGACCUCCAGCAGCUCUGGAAGGAGGUCACAGCCGCCCAGCCCGUCGAGGACAGCAUUAAGCAAGAAGGUCUCGACCUCACCACCAACACCUCCAACUCUACCUCGUUUUCGGCCGCCAAGGUCUCGCCUCCCAUUUCCCAUCACCCUCUGCCCAAUGGACAGAGCACCAUGCACACGCCGAGAAGGGACAGCUCUUCCCACGAAGAGACCCCCAGCUCCCACCCGCUCUACGGCCACGGAGAGUGCAAGUGGCCCGGCUGCGAAACCCUCUGUGAGGACUUGGGACAGUUUGUCAAACACCUCAAUACAGAACAUGCACUUGACGACCGAAGCACGGCCCAGUGUCGAGUCCAGAUGCAAGUGGUACAGCAGCUGGAAAUACAGCUGGCAAAGGAGAGUGAGCGUCUCCAAGCAAUGAUGGCCCAUCUUCACAUGAGACCUUCAGAGCCAAAGCCUUUCAGCCAACCUCUGAACCUGGUCUCCAGUGCCACCCUCUCCAAGAGCACUUCCGACACGUUCCCCGACGGCUUACCUCAUCCCCCCACCUCCGCCACGGCGCCCAUCACCCCCCUGCGGCAGGGCCCCUCCGUCAUCAGCUCUUCCACUUUACACAACGUGGGGCCCAUCCGCAGGAGAAACUCGGAGAAGUUCUGCACCCCGAUAUCUUCAGAACUUGCACAGAAUCACGAGUUUUACAAAAACGCGGACGUCCGGCCGCCCUUCACGUACGCCUCGCUCAUCCGGCAGGCCAUCCUGGAGACCCCCGACAGGCAGCUAACGUUGAACGAAAUCUAUAACUGGUUCACGCGGAUGUUUGCCUACUUCCGGAGGAACACGGCCACCUGGAAGAACGCCGUCCGUCACAACCUGAGCCUGCACAAGUGCUUCGUGCGCGUGGAAAACGUCAAGGGAGCUGUCUGGACCGUCGAUGAGCACGAGUACCAAAAGCGAAGGCCACCAAAGAUGACAGGGAGUCCGACUUUAGUCAAAAACAUGAUUUCAGGACUCGGUUACGGAGCACUUAAUGCAAGUUACCAGGCUGCGCUGGCGGAGAGCAGCUUCCCGCUGCUGAACAGCCCCACCAUGAUCAACACCAGCUCCGCCAGCGGCAUGCUGCACGUGGGCCACGACGACGUGAGCAGCACCGUGGAGCAGGUCAACAGCAACGGCAGCAACAGCCCACGCCUGUCCCCACAGCAGUACAGCCAUCCAGUGCACGUGAAAGAGGAACCCGCCGAGGCAGAGGACGACAGCAGACCCGUCUCGUUGAUGGCCACCACCAACCAGAAUGUGACGAUUCCCGACGACAGGGACCUGGAGGAGGAGCUGCCGGUGGAAGACUUGUCCUAAGGACCCCUUCCUCCUCCCCACUGAGGGGCAAACCCUUCCCACCCUCCCGGCCGGAGACCAAGCGACAGCUCCCACCUCCCCAAGGUGACCUUCGGCGUUAACCUGUUUCUAAAAGGCACUUCCACAAAGCAAAAGGGUUUCCUUGGUGCAACAACCUGUUGCUGACGGCGCGUCCCUUCCACUCCCCACUUCCCCGCGCCGCGGCCCCGGUGACUGACCGACCCCUGCCGCGGGGGACGUCCCGCGACACGAGAAGCAAAAACCCAAGAGCUGGACUUUUUCUCCCCUCCUCCCUUGGUUAGUGACUGGUGAACGAGGAUGGUAGGUUGUUUCUGUCCGAAAUGGUCCCUCCUUCCUUCCCUGUGCACGGUGGGCAUGGGGAAGGCACCUCCGUCCCCUCUUCCCCUGCGGUCCUCUGCCGCCCAGCGAUGCUCGAGCCUCCACCAGCGACCGCCCCAGGGAGGGAAGGCGAUGGCAGACACCUGCUGUCAUCUCUCCGUCCCCCAGUGGGUUUUGCACUAGGAGGGACUGUGGACCCUGCCCACACGCUGCCUCUACCCAGCUUUGGGGGAAGAAACAGCAGAAACGGGGGCGAGUCCUCUGCCACAGUCUGGACGUUGGGCUUGCACCAUUGUCUCACGGCCAGGGAAGGAUGAGGACCGGCACGUCGGUGGGACUGUGUCCCUUUUGCCUUGUCACCUCUGGCAGGUUGCUAAACUGCCCAGCGAGCAGAGCAGCCGCCCUGGGUUGGCCGCCCUCCCCGAGCCCCCUGGUCCCCGCUGGUGGGGUGGCUGGUGGCACCCAGCAGCGAUGACCGUCCCCAGCCGACCGCCAGCGCCGGGCAGCGAGGACACGGCUCCCCGCUUUCUUCUCGAUGUCAGCUGCAGCAAGUGACACCUCUCCCAUCCCGUGCAGGGAUGGCCGGUGGCCCGACUUUUGACUUCAGGGAAAGGCUCCCGGUCCGCUGCGUGCCCGGUUCUUCCUCCGAAGCCGGGGCAGGGUCUACGAGGAUGGGCAAAGGUGUGGGGAGGCAGCAUCCACCAUCACCGAGCCUCCUCCCGGGGGGCACCCGCGGAAGAGCUGGCACGGGCAGAGCCCGGUGGUGAGCCGCUGCUCGGCCAUCCUGUUGGUAGCAAAGCCGACCCCGGUGAAACCCCGGGGCAGCCAAACCUGGCCGUGGUCGGUGAGCCGAGCCUGCUGCCGCCGGGGCUCCCGCUUUCAUCUUUUCUUUUCGUUAUCCUUUCAUGUGCGUGUGUGUCCAGAUGGGAAGAUACCAAAAGAUUUCUAGAGACAGAAGGUCCGUAGUUCAGGUGAACAGAUGGUAUUAAUGCCAAAA